AUGAUUUUAAAAGAAUCUGCGUCUGGGAGGAGUUGUGUAAGGUGUCUGUUGACAAAGAGCUAUCGUCGUGCCAAAUUCACUGGUCAUCUGAACAAUAGAGGAAAUAUGUUGUACGAUUCAAUGAAUGAUAACCCAACAAUUUACCUGUACCUUUUCUAUCCUCCUUUCACUCAGCCAGAGUAG